UCACUAAUAAAGUAGAAAAAAAAAACCAUAAGCUUACCACAGGUGUCGCAAUUUUCAGUAAAUUCGCAGCAAAACCAAACAAUUUUCAUUCAAUCAUCUGUGAAAUAAUAGCUAUCACACAAAAUUGCACAAAUGGACAUCGAAUUGAAGAAGGCCUUCACCGAAAUGCAGAUCAAUAAGCGGGAGACGACCAAGAAAAUCCACAUGAUUGACAUGAAGUGCGACAUGGUCAAGACGGGCAAACGCAAGUACCAGCUGACGGAAAAGGGCACCAGCAGUUUGGCCGACGACACAAGAGUUUACCAGUCCGUGGGUCGCAUGUUCCUGCUUACCGAUGUGCAGAAUAUGCGCGAGGACCUAAAGGCUAAGCAGGAUAAAUGCGACAAGGCGAUAGAACUGCUGGAGAAAAAGAAGGAGUUCUUAGAGAAGUCCCUUAAGAGCCAGGAAGACGGUUUGCGCGAGCUGGUACAGCAGCGCAAGGAAGCCGAUCAGACUGCGAAAUAGACUACAACUCCAAACUGGCAUUUAUCCUCAACGCAAUUGCUUAUUUAUUUUCAAUAUACUCGUCUAAAUUGAA